CCCCCCUCCACCCUCCAGUUUGAGCUGCAAGACCCUCUCCGACCCCAUCCAACGUGCCAUGGAUCUCACUCUCUUUAGGGGUUUAUCUGAUGUACCCUGAUAGGCGAGACUUCCGCACCCUGGCCGCCCCCCUCCCCGGUGGCAGAAUGGACUCAGCGCCCCCCCUUAGGAUGGACCCCGACGUUCUGGACCUGCCUCAGGUCCAGGUGUUGUCAAUCGAGCAGAUCCGCUCCAUCCGGGCCAGCAACGACUACGUGGAGCGACCCCUGCCGGCGGAACCUCCCGUCACGCAGCCCGGAGUGUUUUAUAUCCACGAGGACCGGCACGGCCCGCUGCCCCGCAGCCAGAGCCAGCACCAGAACCCCCACCCGGCCCACCUGAGCCGCUCCAGCACCGUCAGCUCCAUGUCUCGCACCAGCACGGCCUCCGACCAGAGACUCCUGGGCGCCCUGACGCCCUCCCAGACGGUGGUGCGCUCUCAGCCCAAAGGCGAGCUGAAGCCGGCCCCGCUGGGGAAGGGCCUGGCGGACGGGGAGGACCUGGGCCUGCACCUCCUCAUCUGCGAGCGGUGCGGCAAGUGCAAGUGCCAGGAGUGCUGCGCCCCGCGGAGCCUCCCGUCCUGCUGGGCCUGCGGCCAGAGGUGCCUGUGCUCCCCCGAAAGCGCGGUGGAGUACGGCACGUGCCUGUGCUGCGUGAAGGGGCUCUUCUACCACUGCGCGGCCGACGACGAGGACGACUGCGCGGACCGGCCGUGCUCCUGCGCCCCGGGGCGCGCCUGCGUCCGCUGGGGCACCAUGUCCCUCCUGGCCGUCUGCCUGCCCUGCCUCUGCUGCUACCCGCCCGCCAAGCUGUGCCUGGCCCUCUGCCGCCGCGGCUACGACCGCCACGCCCGGCCCGGCUGUCGCUGCAGCAACACCAACACCGUGUGCCGCAAGAUCUCCGCCUCCGCCCACCCCGCGCCCUUCCGCAAGAGCCUGGAGAAACCCGUAUGACCGCGGAGGAGGAGACGAAUGAGAAGAGACGAAGGCGCGGACUCCGCCCUCAGCCCUCCGACCCUCUCCGUUCCGCCUCUGAGGAGAA